CCGCCUGGAGGAAGAUGGCCAGCACCUUCUCCAAGCUGCUGACUGGCCGCAAUGCCUCCCUGCUGCUGGCAACCCUGGGCACCAGCACCCUGACCACUGGGUACCUGCUGAACCAGCAGAAGGUGUGUGCUGAGACCCAGGGGCCCCACAGGCCAUUCCCUGCCAGUGCUGACUACCCUGAUCUACGCCACCACAACAACUGCAUGGCAGAGUGCCUCACGCCUGCCAUCUAUGCCCGGCUGCGCAACAAGGUGACGCCCAACGGCUAUACUCUGGACCAGUGCAUCCAAACUGGUGUGGACAACCCUGGCCAUCCCUUCAUCAAAACCGUGGGCAUGGUAGCCGGUGACGAAGAAUCCUAUGAGGUGUUUGCGGACCUUUUUGACCCCGUCAUCAAACUGAGGCACAACGGCUAUGAUCCCAGAGUGAUGAAGCACCCCACAGACCUGGAUGCAUCCAAGGUCACCCAUGGCCAGUUUGAUGAGCGCUAUGUGCUGUCCUCACGGGUGCGCACUGGCCGUAGCAUCCGAGGCCUGAGCCUGCCGCCUGCCUGCUCGCGAGCCGAGCGCCGGGAGGUGGAGAAUGUGGCUGUUGCUGCCCUGGGGGGCCUCAAGGGAGACCUGGCUGGCCGCUACUACAGGCUGUCCGAGAUGACGGAGGUGGACCAGCAGCGGCUCAUAGACGACCACUUUCUGUUUGACAAGCCAGUGUCCCCAUUGCUCACAUGUGCUGGGAUGGCCCGUGACUGGCCAGAUGCCCGGGGAAUCUGGCAUAACUACGACAAGACGUUUCUCAUCUGGAUAAAUGAGGAGGACCACACUAGAGUCAUCUCCAUGGAGAAGGGAGGCAACAUGAAACGCGUGUUCGAGCGAUUCUGCCGUGGACUGAAAGAGGUGGAACGGUUGAUCCAAGAGCGCGGUUGGGAGUUCAUGUGGAACGAGCGCCUGGGAUACAUCCUGACCUGCCCCUCAAACCUCGGGACAGGACUGCGGGCCGGUGUCCAUGUGAGGAUCCCAAAGCUCAGCAAGGACCCACGCUUUUCCAAGAUCCUGGAGAACCUCAGACUCCAGAAGCGGGGCACAGGAGGUGUGGACACGGCUGCAGUGGCCGACGUGUAUGACAUCUCCAACAUCGAUCGCAUCGGCCGAUCGGAGGUUGAACUCGUUCAGAUCGUCAUCGAUGGAGUCAAUUACCUAGUGGACUGUGAAAAGAAGCUGGAAAGAGGCCAGGACAUCAAGGUGCCACCACCACUGCCUCAGUUCAGCAAGAAGUGAAUGUUCCCUUUCCCAAUUCAUAAUAACCUGUCUGCUGGUAUGACAGAUGUAUAGAAGUCUCUACUCUGAGAGUUUUUGUAGACUUGGAAAGAUGUAAAAUUGUAGGUCUUGCCUAUCUUCACAAUAAAACUCUCCUUAAUAU